UGUGCACUAGCUACAUUGUAUAUUUUGGCUGAACUGAAUAGUUACAUUAAACGGAAAAGGAGAGAGUGGAUUUCUCUAAAGAGACGUCGAUCAUGAUUAUAGCGCUUUGUCUUUUCAUUACACCUUUAUGUUAAACCAUUCCUGUAUCUUUUCACACGAUUGUGGAUGUGGUAUUUCAGGGAGUGACAUCGUCCUCACAACAGCAAAUGGUCGAGAUACUGGUGACCUUUUGCCUGAGCAAACAAUGAACUGAGGGCAACACCAGCUCUAGCAACGGAAAACCCUCUGCCCCAUCACCCCAGACCUGGGCAGAGGAGUGUGUGUGUGUGUGUGACUGCGUGUGAUGUGUGUUUGAGUCUGCCCGUGCUCCAGAAAGAGCUAAUCGGCUACACUCCCCCUCUCCUAGUCUGAGGAGGCACCUCUGACCUUUGACCCUGUUCGAUUGACCCCAGCCAACACAGUCACCACCACCACCAGGAAGCAUGGGGAGGAAGAAGAUUCAGAUCCAACGGAUCACCGACGAGAGGAACCGACAGGUGACGUUCACCAAGAGGAAGUUUGGCCUGAUGAAGAAGGCAUACGAGCUGAGCGUGCUGUGUGACUGUGAGAUCGCCCUCAUCAUCUUCAACCACUCCAACAAGCUGUUCCAGUACGCCAGCACCGACAUGGACAAGGUGCUGCUCAAGUACACAGAGUACAACGAGCCCCACGAGAGCCGGACCAACGCUGACAUCAUCGAGACGUUACGAAAGAAAGGCUUCAGCGGUUGCGAAAGUCCCGAGCCAGACGGAGAGGACUCCAUUGACCAGAGCCCCCUGAACGACGACAAAUACCGCAAGACUACCGAAGACCUAGACAUCCUCUUCAAGCGCUACGCCGUAAGUUCAUCGGUCCCGCACCCCACAUUCUCCAUGCCCGUCACCGUCCAGGCCUCUAAUCAGAACACAUUGCAGUUCAGUAACCCUGGCAAUGCCAUGGUGACCACCUCCUACGUGACGUCGUCAUCGCUCUCUGACAACCACCACCUGUCACCCCAGCAACGCCAGCAACCAGCGCUCCAGAGAAACACAGUAUCUCCCGGGUUGCCACAGCGGCCAGCCAGUGCAGGUGCUAUGCUUGGAGGUGACCUGAACAACUCAAAUGGAGGAUGCCCAAGUCCAGUCCCUAACGGAUACAUCAGUGCCAGGGCCUCCCCGGGCCUCCUCUCAGUCUCCAACGGCAACAGCCUGGGGAAAGUAGUUCCGGCCAAGUCCCCACCCCCGCCUCAGAGCCCACAGAUGGUCAACAGCCGCAAGCCAGACCUCCGGGUAAUCACCACUCAGGGCGGGAAGAGCCUGAUGCAGAUGACAGAUGAUGAGUUGGAGAUGGUGAAUGAGAAUGCCCAGCGUUUGGCCGGUGCACAGGUGGCUCAGACGCUCACCACACCGGUGGUCUCCGUGACAACACCCAGCAUCCUGGCGCAGGGGCUGCCCUUCUCCGCCAUGCCGACAGCUUAUAACACAGAAUACCAGCUGACGAGCGCUGACAUCACUGCUCUCCACGCCCUGGCGUCACCAGGCGGCCUGCUGCAAGGCAACGUGUCAUGGCAACAGCAACAGUCUUUAUCCCAGCAGCAGCAACAACAUCAACAGCAACAACUCAGUCUGGCGUCGCUUAGCAACUUGGUCAUGUGGGGCAUGGACAAACAGAGCGGGGAGCUGUCUAGCCAGAUCUCCAGUCUGGCGGCCAAUCUGAGCACCUCGCAGUCCAACCUCCUCUUGGGUAGAGAUGAGUGGUUGGGCCGGCCGGUGGGCCACAUACCUCAGGGCGCCAUGCUGACUGUCAACACCAACUCCAACGUGAGCAUCAAGUCUGAACCCAUCUCACCUGGCCGAGAUCGCCGCUCACCGUGCCCCCCUCCGUCCUCCUCUGGAGGGGGCAUCCAUACGGCCGUGCCCCCGCCACAGUACCCAGGUUCCCUGCUGUGCCUGGAGCCACCAACCGGCCGUUCCCCCGCCGACAGCCUCAGCAGCAAUGGCAGCUCCUACGAGGGCAAUGACCGUGACGACCCUGGGGCAGGUGGCGGAGGCAUCGGCGGAAGUGCAGCGGACAACCGUGGGCGUUCCCUACCUCCUGACUUCAGCCCCUCGGUGGAGCUUCUGCGGGCCCAGAAUGAGGUGGAGCAGGAGGGGGCCAACAUCAAACGCAUGAGACUCGACGCGUGGGUCACAUAGAGGCCAUGCCGCCAACGUCAUCGACCCCUGAAGCACCACGAACACAGACCCCUCCCCCCAACACCCCCUGAACCCCCUCCCCCACUGUCAUUUGCCACCAUCACACAACCCCCUCUUCCCUGCCUCCAUCCAAAUAAUUUACAACCACCUACCCAGCUCCCCAGGACUCAAAGCAGAGAAACUUAUGGGCUUGUGCUCUACCUGAGGGGAAGGAUGGUAUAGUGUGCAGUUAGAUUUUGAAUGGGGCAGCGCAUUGAAUAUUGGGGCUCAAAGAAUCUCGAAGCGGUCUCGAUCAAAUUGAGUUUGGUUUUUGUGGGAAUUGACACUUGCACAAUCAGGACUUGAGGAUAAUGGAUGGAUUUAAAAUGGAACAUUCUCCUAAAACGUUUUGACUGCUCGUUGCUGUUUAUACCAGUCGUAAAAGUGAAUCUAGAUUCGUUAGACGACACAGUCGACACCAUCACGUAUUUAAUUUGAGCACGACUAUCGUUAACAGUAUGACUGAUUACUUAUGCUGUGUUUGCUGGUUGUUUUCACCGUGGGAAUUCCUGCCAUAUUGACUCUUCAGUUCUGUUGUUAAAUAUAAUUAGCAGUUAGCACUGUCUGUUUUUCAGAAAGCACCCCUUCAAAAUGCACUUUGGGAAUGACUCUGUUUUGACGAGCACUGCUUUCUAAGAUUGCUGGCUCAGCUUCAUCGGUGGCACUGAGCGAAGAGACCCAGAUGGGCAAAAAGGAUGUCUGGUCGGUCAGGGAUACACAGGAAUGGAUCCCACCGCUGCCACCAAUUUCCAACACCCCAGCCAAAGCCUCAGGUGGUACUCUGUGGUCAACUGGCACUGUCAGCCAAGGCCAAAUCGAGCACCUUGCCAGAGUGCCGAUAUCAACCUCUUCUCCUAAAUGCCAAAUGCCUCGGACGCGGUAGAGGGACACUGAAGAAUAUUGUUCAGUUAUUAUGACUGACCACCUCCAUGAAACAGUAAAAAACACUCAUAGCCUUUGAUUCUGCUCUCAAUAUAUCUGCUCAGAUGUAUUUUGAGUAAUCACCUGUGUUUCCAUUCUGAUUUUGAAGGAAUUGUUGCAAUCUUUGUUACACCAGAAAUUAGGCUAGAUGCUGGGAUCUUCUAAAGGCUCAUUCUACUAGGAGAAGACCCCAAUGCAAUGCAUAUUUUAAAUUUGUUUAGGACUUCUGGUUGCUCUCUUUAGGGAAGUAUUUGGUAUUUUCUUGGCAUUUUAGACCCAUUCUUAAAGGUUAGAACUGUUGAAUUGUAGAUCGUUUGGGGGGAAUUAAGAGUGUAACUUUGUUUAAAAUCACCCAUUAUACAAAAGUGGUUGAUGUUCCCUUAGCAUUCUGCAGCUCUUUGCAACGUUUCAAAAGAGCUGUUUCAGCAGAAUUCAGAAAUACAUAUUCUAUAUUUCUAUAGCUUCAGUUGGCAGCAAAGCAGUUGGCUUUUCAAUACGGACGAUGUGUGUACAUAUGAAUAUAUUUGCAUAGACUUUGCUAGGUAUCCCUAAAACAAACAAUGUGUUCAUUCUCAGUGGAUCUGUUUGCAUAUGAGUGUGAUUGUAAUUUCGAGAUACGAUGCAGGAGUCCUGCCGCAGUAGCCGGUGAGUUUGUUUCAGUAACCUAUAUAAUGCUAGUGUUGACGGUGUGCACUGUGUCUCACUCACUCUUUAGAGGCCUGCUUGGCUGUGGUGUCAACAUGUCAUUUGGCCUCAUGCUCUGAACCCAAUCCCCAAUGAUAAAAGUAAAAUGAUAGACCACUAUAAACACACACAAGCUAUAGAAAUGAAAUGGAUUCUACUAUUGAAAGUAGCACAAUUGACAUUUGCAUUGAAUCAUGGUAUUUUGUGAACUAUAGUAUACACUAAGGUUGAGGCAAAACAAAAGCGACUUUAUUUAAAGUAAUUUGCCGAUUUUAAAAUGACUUUUUAUCCCAUGUCAUAUGAAAUCAUGUUUUCAUAUGCUUCACACUCUGCCGUGAGCUACAUCAAAUGGAGUUGUCCUAUUUAACACAAUAAGUAGGUGGUGUUGAUUUCUAGAAAUGUAACUACUGUCCAUUAUGCAACACAGAUUUAGUUUAAUUGCCUGCUCAGGGGAAUCCCAGGGUUCAGUGCGUAUGGCUGGCACCAGUGACUUAUCUAGUGGGGUGCAACGUUGCACAUAGAAAUGUAAUGUCUAGAGCUAAUUCUUUGACAAAGGGUUUUCUUUUCUACACACUACAUUUCUAUCUGAACUUAUGUCUCAUCAUGCCCACCUCAGUCUGAGGGAGAGGUCCCUCUUUGGUUUAUGAGAUUUGACACCACACUUGAUUGGUUUUAACACCCUGCCUAUUGCAGGUCACUUGUGUACAAAAGGAUCUCUGUCCAAUCUAGCAAUGUAGUCAAGACAAUCUAUAAUGGUAAAUGGAAAAACCUGCACCCUUUUUUUUUUUUUUCUUAUGUAAAAUGUUUUCUAGAUAUCACUAUUUUUCAAGUGUUAAUUUGUGCUGUUGACAGUUCCAUAUUAUUAUUAUUAUUAUUGUAUUAUGAUGGAGCUUUUAUUUUUCUGGUAUUGUGUAGGAUAUCCAACCUUUUUAUUUAAAUUGACCUUAUAUACAUGAUAUGAAACUGGUUUCCUUUCUUGAAACAACUUGCUAAAAUUGCACGAUCAGUUAUUGUGAUAUAGCAAAUGCAAUGAAGGACAAGACCAGUUAAAUGCUGCAAUAUUGAUUUAAGAUAUGAAAAUAUAUUUAUAAUGUGGGGGAAUCAACUGAAAUUAGCAAUUUAAUAGACAUUGAAAAUGUAAAUGCAUGGGAUUAUACAAAACUAAAACACUCAUGUUACAUACAAAAUUAACGAAAUGCAUCACAAAUGAGUAAGAACCUCAAAAUGUAGCAUAAGAAAAACAUGAAUUUAUAGCUAAUAUAUUGUGUUCAGUUAGUCUGCUUUGGGUUUUUGUUGUAAAGACAUUUUUGUUGUUUUUGAGAAUGAUAUACAUUUUCUGUAUAUUUUCAUAUGCAAUGUAUGCACUGAUAUGUCAUCAAUUCUAUACCGCUUUUACAAGUGUUUGUUGUACCAAAGUAUCCAAGUCCCUUGAAACCUUAUCCUUUUUGUGUAUGUUUUACCGUAUUUUAUAUAUUAAAUAGACAAAUUGAGUGAAAAGGGUAUCUGUUGUCUUGUUUUGAACAGUAGCGGUGUGUGGGUAAAAUCACCGGGGAAGCCAA